GUAAAGUUUUUUAUAUUUACAAGUUACAAAAUUUUAAAUAUGUUUAGAUCACUUUUAAAGUGGAAUUCAAAUAAGAAAAAUGAAGCAAACAAACAACAGGAGUCAUAUUUAUAUGUAUUAAUGUUAGGGAUAUUUCAAGAUGCAAUUUUUUGGAAGAAAUGGUGGUUUUCUUUAUUCUUCUUUAUGUGUUUUAAUCUUCUUUUUAGUGUAAUUGUUUAUAGAGAAGUUAAUUUGUUUGAAUUCACAAUAGUAUGUGCCCUAAUGGUAUUAAUAUUAGACGCAUUUGAAAUGUGGCUUAAAUAUAAACACCGAACGUCUUGCCUAAAACGUUUAGGCAGCCAAGAUAUAAACAGAAUUAAUAACAUUUAUAAAUCAAUGUGUAACUUCAGUGAAAAAGUUAUUAGAGACUUUCUGUUUGUAAGAAAUAUAAAUCCUACCAAAGCAUUUUUACUGCUACAAAUAAGUUUCAGUAUAAUUUUCUUGAUUGGAAAUUAUUGCAAUGGAUAUAUUUUAACAUAUGGAAUUUGCACUUUAUUGUAUUUUGUACCCAAAUUACUUCCACAUGCUAUGAAGAUCUUAAAGAGAAUUCAGCAAAAUGCAGAAUCUGAUGUGGAACUAGAGGGUCUGAUCCCUGAAGCAUCGGAUGAAAAUUUACACCUGUUAGCAUUUGAGUCAGAUAUUAAACUGACACCUGAUGAUAGACAGAGUUUAGACUUAUGGAAGCCAGAAGACCUACCAUUGGAAGAAAUAAGUGAUGAUAGUUCAGAUAACAGCAGCUCUUUAGUGACAAAUUUGUCAAUGGACAAAAUAAACUCUCUUACAAAAGAUGUAGAAGCAACAGAUUCCAGUGAAGAUGAAUACAUGCCCCACCAAGGGCAACCACCAGAAGUUACACCAUCUUCAAUGGAGAUACAUCCGUCAAGUACAUGGAGUAACACCGCUUACAAUAUGUUUUCUAACAUAGGUGGAGCAGUUGCUAAGAUGGUUUAUAAUCCUGCCCAAAACAAGGAAAGAAGGAGAAUGGCGAGUGCAGGGUCAUCAGAUGGAUUCGAAAUAAUAGAUAAAAAUGAUGUGAUACAAUAAUUA